AUGAAUUUGGGAUGGGAUUACUUAACUAGUCGUGUAACUCGACUUUGGUAUAAUUCCCUUGUCGCUGUUCCUCUAUGUAUACCUGAAACUAUGCUCCUGUAUAAAAGGAAUUCAACGGAUUAUAGGAGGAUGAGAACGCCAUUCUUGCUGUUUACCGUUCCUUUAAUUCCUACAGGAACUUAUGACUUCAUUACCAACGGAAAUAAUAUCUCCAACUGCAUUAACACCGAGCCUAUUCGUGUGAAGGCACUAACUCUAGAAGUGGGAAAGACGAUCGACCAGACUCUCAAAGAAGGACGAUAUUGGGAUGAAGUACUAAAGUCGUUGCUUAAUGAUGAUUGCUUGAAAUUACGAGUUGUAAAUAUAUCGGGCAUGGAGAUUAAAGAAGGCAUGCGAUGGGAGGCUAAGGAUGACUACAUCUGUAGGCAAGCUUUCGCCAAAUCUAGAAGAUCGGAUUAUGGGCUAGGAAAACAUGUAGGUUUUUGCGAAAAGCGGAAUCAGAGAGACAGAUAA